UCGCUCCGAAGGGAGAGGAGGACAUCGGAGGGGAAGGAGCGAGCCCGCCGGCAGCCUGGAUCCGCCGCUCGGCUCGGCAUGGCCGGCAGCCGGGGCACCCUGACCUGCGCCCUGUGCAUCCUCCUCCUCGCUCCUGGCUGGGUCGAGCCGCAGCCCUGCCCGUACCCAUGCCUGUGUCCCUCCCAGCCUGCGCGCUGCCCCGCCGGCACCAGCCGCGUGUUGGAUGCCUGCGGCUGCUGCAAGGUGUGCGCCAGGCAGCUGGGCGAGCUCUGCUCCCUGCAGCAGCCCUGCGACCAUCACAAGGGACUCUACUGCGACUUCGCCAAGAUCCACAGAGGCAGCGGGAUCUGCUUAGCGCACGAGGGUGCAACGUGUGACCUGCUGGGCAAGAUCUACCACAACGGGGAGAGCUUCCAGCCCAGCUGCAAGCUGCAGUGCAUCUGCAUGGACGGGGCCAUCGGCUGCAUCCCGCUCUGCUCCGACGACCUGCGCCUGCCAUCCCCCGAGUGCCCCAACCCACAGCGGGUCAAGCUCAGCAACAAGUGCUGCGAGGAGUGGGUCUGUGCGGAGGGCGGCGAGGAGAACCGCUUGGACACAGCCAUGGCGGUUUUCAGGGAGCAUCCAGCACCCAAGCCAGAGGUGAAUAACCUGCAGGAGAACUGCUUGGUGCAGACCACGGAGUGGAGCGCCUGCUCCAAGAGCUGCGGCAUGGGCAUCUCUGCACGGGUGACCAACAACAACCCCCAGUGCCGCCUGGAGAAGGAGACCCGGCUCUGCAUGGUCCGGCCCUGCGACCUCCCUGUGGACAAAACCAAGAAGGGCAGGAAGUGCGUGCGGACCCCAAAGCCCCGCCAGAGCCUUCGCUUUGAGUUCUCGGGCUGCACCAGCUCCCGUUCCUACCGGCCCAGGUUCUGUGGGAGCUGCACGGACGGGCGCUGCUGCACCCCGUACGUCACCAGCACGGUGGAGGUGGAGUUCCGCUGCCCCGAGGGGGACUUCUUCCAGCGCAAGAUGAUGUUCAUCAAGGUGUGCUCCUGCCACCACGACUGCCCCAAGGACAACGACAUCUUCCUGGCCACCUACCACAGGAGGAUGAUCGGGGACCACGUCAAGCCUGAGCGGCAGUAGUCCUCCUGUGCCAGACCCAUAGGCUGAGGUGUCAAGAGGGCUCUGCAAGCGCUUUCACGGCUGCAUCCCAGGACAGCACAGCCUCUUCCCCCUCUGUGAGGGGCUGUGUGUGCCCUUCAGGACCAUGCUGUUCACCACCAGUGGUCCAAGCAUUGGGAGAACAGCCCCAUCUGCUCCAGGCUCCUGACCU